AUAUUCGCUUUAAUAAACUUAAGAUAGAAUCUGUGACGAAAAGGUGUUAUUGUCACAAUUAUGCAUCAUCCAACAGAACUUUUAAGACCCUUAAAAAAUGUAAAGAAGGAAGCGCAAUAUUUAUUUUCUAAGAAAUCUACAGAGGAUAUAAUAAAUAUGCUUUUGAAACUUGGAGCUAAGCAGAUUCUUUGUAUUGGCACACCAAGAAUACAUGAAUAUAUAAUCGAGCAUUAUACAGAUAAAAUGUCUUCCCUCCUUUUGGAUUUUGAUGGAAGAUUUCAUAACUUUUUUGGACCUUUGGAUUAUUGCUGGUACAACCUUUUUAAUCAUCAUUUUUUUAACAAAGAUGCAAUUAAUGUUUUCAAAGAUUUUCUUAAGCAAAAUGAAGGAAAGGACACUUACUUAAUAUGCGAUCCUCCGUUUGGUGGCCGUUUAGAACCCUUAUCAUUCACAAUAAAAACGAUAUUUGACCUGCAUAAAAAAUUGAAUAAACAUUCUUAUAAUAAUAAUUUUUUCUUGAAAAUCAUGUUUAUAUUUCCAUAUUUUAUGGAACAUAUAAUGAGAGAAAAGAGCAAUCCACCACAUGUCACUGGUGGUUUAAGAGAUUUGAAAAUGUCUGAUUAUAAAGUGGAUUAUGAUAAUCAUCCCUUAUUUAUAUCAGAAAAACAUGGUAGAAAGCAAGGUUCUCCAGUGAGAAUUUUCACGAAUAUACCGUUAAAUCUAUUAGAACUUCCUUUAUCUGAUGGAUAUAAAUUCUGUCAAGAUUGUGCAAAGUGGGUUUCUAGUGAAAACAAUCAUUGCAAGAAGUGUAAAGAAUGUACCUCUAAAGAUGGUCGAACGUACAAGCACUGUAAUAUAUGUAAACGAUGCGUAAAGCCUACUUGGAAACACUGCCGAAUUUGCAAAAGAUGUAUGUUAGAAAAACACACAUGUGGCUCAAUACCAAAUAUAGGAAGAUGUUUCAACUGUGAUAAAUUAGGUCAUAUUAGAAAAGAAUGCCCUAAUUUGCCUUCUACUGAAAUUACAAUUGGGACAAAUAUAAAGAAACGCAAAGCAGACUGUGAAUUAAAAACAAUUAAGAAAAGUAAAGUUGGACACUCCAAGGAAGUUAUUAAACAAAAAGCUGUUCUAGUUGAUAAGAAGAAAGUCUUAAAACCA